UGUGCAGAUAGCAUUACAGAACCUUACAUCACAUCUUCCAGAGUGGCAAACGCACCACGAGAAGGUGACGACUGAAUACGAGGAUCUUUCUAGAACACUCAGUCACAUGAAUAUCGAUUGCACCAAGAAAGAAGAAAGACUAGAAAAUCUGACCGAGGAGGCAACGUUGCUCCGCUCCACUCUACAUUCACCACGUGCUCAACCAGGAGAGGCCGUGCAUACUGGAUAUCGGCGAGAUCGCCUAGAGGAAACCGAAAAGGAUAAACAGGCCCUAGCAGACCGAUUAUCUCAACUUCGAAAUGAAGUCGAGGUGACUCAAGUGAAAGUCGAUAACCUUGCGAAACAAGCAGGUUCGGCCGCUUCUGUGAUGAGGUAUUGUGAUUCCGGUGUCACGGCCCUCCAGAAGAUCGAAGGAUGUCUCGAUGAAGAGAUAAAAGGCCUGCAGCACAGAUUGGGAAGGAGAAUUGAUCUAUUGGAUGACAAAGAUUUGGCAUCCAUUUUUUAUUAUACAUGGAGUAUGCAAGUAGAAGAGAGCGAACGCCAAUUUUUAUUGGGUGAUGCCACUCAGGUAUCCCGAUCUCCUUUCGGAACGACCUAUGCUUUGGCUAGCGUCAAUAAACGAUGGCGAGCCAUCAUGGAGUCAGAAGAGCAACAGUCCCUGUGGCGCUUUUGGAUUGCAGAACUUGAUCCAAAUCACAUAUUUAGACUGAUUAUUUCGGUCAAGCCAGGCUCUAAUGUCCGGAAGAUGGUUCGAGAUUAUCCGAUUUCUCUGAGGCUGUUGUCCACUCCCAAUACUGUGGCCAGCUUUUUUCAUGCAAGAGUGAAACUCGAGCUCUUCCUAAAUUCACAACCAGUUAAAUGCUUUCAGAUUCGAUGUAACCAAGGCUUUGAAGAGAGUACUAGCAAUCUAGUCAACACGAUAUCCACAAGAGGCCAUCUCGAAUCUCUUGCUGUGGUCGGAGAAGCGGGUGUUCAAAUGUCCAAGCUAAUACUUUCCGAGUCUACUAUUUCUGAUUUAAAAGAAUUGAUUUUAGUGGAUAUAGAAGCGCAAUUCCCUUCAUCCAAUACUCCGAGUCAACUUCGUAGUCUCAGGCUUACUCGGAACAAACGUCCUAUGAGUACUGCCAUGAGUUCUCGGGAAAUAAUUGCCAUCAUUUCCAUAACUCCUUUCCUGGAAACCUUGGAGGUCGACAUUGGCAUGGAAGAUACGCCACAGUUUGUCCCCUCGAAUUUCUCUUUGGGUGGUACCAGCUUAUGUCACUUACGCCAUAUAAAACUACGAUUCACUCUGCUGCAAAAUCGUUUAUCCUUUCUGGCAUCAUUAGAAAUGCCAGCCCUUUGCAAGUUGACGUUGAUUACGAUGCCUGCACAGGCCCCAGAUACUUCCUGGACAGACAUGAUCCAAUUCCUCUCCUCUAACAACAAUUUUCACAGAAUAACUCACCUCACCAUCAAGGAGCUGACGGAAAAACUUAGAG